CUAUGUUACAAGGAGUCGAAGUUUUGUGUAAUCUUUCGAUUAUAUAUUUGUUGAAAGAUAAUUAUCAUUUACACCCAGCUUCUCUUAGCAUCGUUAUGUGCUUUAUAAAAAUUCCUUGGUCUAUUAAAUUAGUAUGGGCUGUGAUAUCAGACAAUUAUCCAAUCUUCGGAUAUCGAAGAAAAUACUACUUAUUAUUAGGAUCCUUUUUAUGUAUAUUAUCAUUGAUAUGUCUAGGUUUAAUUACUCAUAAUAAUUUAUUUAUCACCAUAUUAUUAUUGUUUAUAUAUUUUUUUGGAAGCUCACUUUGUAAUGUGAUUGGAGAAGCUCAAGUUGUAGAAUCUAAUAGAAAUUGUUCAAUAAAUUGUUCUGCUAGAAAUGUUUCUCUUUUUUUUGCUUUUAGAAAAUUAAGUUUUGCUAUCAUGUCUUAUUUAUCAGGAUAUUUAUUAUUACUAAUAAGUAAGAAACACAUAUUUCUGAUUGGUUCCUUUCUACCUAUAUGUGUAUUUACAUCAGGAUUUUUUAUAAUUGAAAAAAGAAAUUAUACCAAAUCAUCUAUAAAAGAACAAAUAAAAUGUAUUUAUUCAAUCAUAAAAUUAUCAUAUCUAAAAAAUUUUAUUAUAUUUAUAUUUAUAAUGAUGUCAACACCAUCAUGUGGAAAUACUCUUUUCUUUUAUAUAACCAACGAAUUAAAAUUUACUCCAAACUUAUUAGGAAAAAUGGCCAUGUUCCAAUCAUUAGCUAGCUUCAUAUCUAUUAUUUCAUAUAUGCUUUUCUUUACAAAAAUAGAUAUAAGGAAAUUAUUAUUAUACUCUACAAUUAUUAUUACCCCUUUUUGUUUAUUACCCUUAGUAGUCAUCAAAAAAGUAAAUUAUUUUUUAUUCAUACCAAAUACUUUAUUCUUUAUUACAGAUACUGUACUUAUCGAAUUCAUAGCAGAAUUUCAAACCAUGCCUAUUUUAGUAUUAUGUUCAAGACUCAUACCUGAAGGUUUUGAAUCUACAAUAUAUUCUUUAUUAUUAUCAGCUAAUAAUUUUGCAUCUAUAAUUAGUUCAUUCCUUUCAUCUCUUUUAACAUAUUCAUUAAAUAUCACAUCAACAAAUUUUACUAAUCUACCUUAUAUGAUAAUUAUAUGUUGUCUUACAAAUAUAAUUCCUAUUUUCUUCUUAUAUAUCCUACCAAACCAUUCCCAAAAAAAAAAUUUACAACAUUCAAACUCACAUACUCAAAACUAUUAUUCAUACCCAUCGACCGAUUAUAUAUCAUCUCAAAAAUCGGAUUCAUCUGAAAUAACCAAAUUUUCUACAGACAUGCAAAUUGAUGAUAUAACCUUGCAAUAA